CCCGACACCCCCGUCCGGCGUGGCUGUGACCAGUGCGCCAUGGUGCUCCUGCUGACCAUCCUGUUGACGGCGGCUGCCGGCGGGUGGGCCGCCCAGCCCUCCGACUGCUCCUCCGCCGGCCAGCUCGUCUGCAGAGACCACAACAACGACCCGGUCGACUGGUACGUGCUGUAUAAGCUGCCCAUCCUCACCGACGCCACCGGGUUCGCCCGCAAAGGCUUGGCAUACCUGCACAUCUCUUCGGCAAUGGCAUCGACGGAGACCCCUUGGAGCUUGUCUGAAGUGUCCAUCGAAGACAAAAAAUCUCACCCAGGUCGAACGUUGGCACCCGUUUACAAAAACCACGGACGGGAGGGCCUUUUUUACCGUUUUUACAACGACCACUGGCCAGAAUAUGAGAAGGCGGUGGGGUCUGAAGGUCACACCAAGGGGGUGCUUGCCCACGAAGGCAAUUGUGGAUUUUGGAUGAUCCACACCGUGCCCAGGUUCCCUCCAGCGCCGAAAAAAGGAGCAGGCUACAGAUACGCAACCGGCACACGACCUUGGACCGGCCAGAGUUUCCUAUGCAUCUCGUUCCGUACUGAUGGAACUGAUGCUACUAAAGGAACUGAUUCCGAACUAGACAAGAUAAUCAAUCAGUUGAGCAUUACAAAACCCUAUUGUCACGCUUGGAAAGACCAUGAUGAUAAGCCAAUAGACCGAGAAGAAGACAAGCCCCACUACAGCCUAUGUCCGGACAACCAACCAUAUUUUAAGCAGGUGGACAUCGCUACUACUGCCGAAGGCGUGAAGCUCACCACAUUCGCCAAGAGCAGCAACUACCGCCACGACCUGUACAGCGGUCUGGUGGCUCCGGCGCUGGAGACCGACCUGUACGCAGAGACGUGGCGGCGGGCCCCAUUCUCCCUGCCGUCCUACCGCUACCCCGACUCUUAUGAAGUGGAGAACGUCUGCAGCGUCCGAGUCAUCCAGGGCAGGAGCGAGCUCGACUUUGAAUACACCAAGGAUCACAGCAAGUGGGCCGUGUCCAAGGACGGCAAAGAGCCAUGGGUCUGCAUCGGCGAUCUCAAUCGGAUGGAAACACAGAAGAGGAGAGGUGGCGGCACCGCAUGUCUCAAGAAUCACAACCUCUGGAAGAACUUCCGUAAAGCGGUGAACAAUAAUGAAUGCAUGGGCGUCGAAGACGGGGGGGACGGAGGGCGACCCGGGCGGGGCGGACGGACGGAGAAAAAACGCUCAAAACUCGCCGCCACCCGGGCGGGGCGGGCAGGCGGCCCAAAAAGAAAAGCGCUCAAAAACCGCCGUCACCGCUAGGGCGGCUACCCGAACCCUUACCGGCCCUGGGGAGUUAAGGCGAAACUAAUCCAGGCAAAACUGAUUGGGUUACACCUGUCAAUUAGUUCAAGCGCUUCACCAGCCAAACAAAACCGCGGCACUCCUGGGCUCCGCCACCACCGACCGAGGGACGGGCCACGCACGCGUCCACACCCUCUGACCGUCUAACCGCAACUCCGCUCUGCAUCCUCUUUUAAGUACCCACAUAUGUAUUUGCCGCAAACGGCGCACCACCUCUGAGAAACGUUACACAAGCGACUCUCUCGCUACCAAGGCAUGGAUCGCAUGGAGGCGCCCCUAUAAGCUUCAUAGGCGCCCCUCUUACUCACCCCAUUCCCUUAGCUUAGGCAAUGGAUCCCCCCACCCCUUGAGGGAUGGCGCCCCCUAUAAGUUUGUCCUCACCAUUUUUUUUUAUAGCCUGGUAACGAUCCUCGAUACCGGUGAGGAAAAGUGGCCCCUCAGGGGGACGGUGGACGGAAGGAAAUGGUCCCCAAAUGCACGGAAUGUAUGAGUUAUCCCCGUUUUAAUGAAUGCUUCUGGACUAUACAUAAAUGCUUCGUUUUUAUUUCAAAUGCGUAACAUCAUGAGACCUAAAAUCCCUACAGCACACCGACAAGUAAUCUCACCUGAAUAAGACAGCUUUGUUGAGCAGAACUACUAAGUUCUUGUAUCAAACUUGUCGAACGGGAUGCAAAAUUAAUGCACUUUGGAGCUGUUUUGCCAAGUUGUUUUUAAAAUUUUGGUGGCACUGCGCGCCGCCCAUUUCAUACACCAAUAAAAAAGGCGAUUGUGACUAAUAUCGCCCCCACGCGGGGAGGAGCGUUCCUAAAUGCAUUAUCUGAUUGGCGCCACACGUAUUGAGAAUAGAGAUGUCAAUCUGCUACAAACUUUUUGGUUUCCCGAUACCAAACGUCAAACGAAUAACCAGCUUGGUAUUUCGUGUGUCAAUCUUAAUGGUUUUGCCAUUUUGUCGGUAAGCAUAAUAAAUUCUUACUUUUAGAUAUAUAGGAGCCUGUGAAUUUGGUAAAAAGCCAUUAUUUCUCUUGGUUUCCCAGCCUGGCUCGGUUUGGGUACUUUCCCGUGAUCUUGGCUGGAAUUCGGCUGGUAUCAGUAUCCCGAUUUUUUGGUAAUUGAAAUCACUAAUUGAGCACUAAUGAACAUCCACAAUUUAAAACUUAAAAUAGACUGUUGGCGGAGAGGUUUCGUCUAUCGACAUCAUCACCGUUAUAACCGAAGUGUUAUGGUCAAAAGUUAAAAACAGUUUGGUAAAACGAAUUGUUCUUGACACGUGUACCGAAUGUCAGUCACGUUUGCAUGAAGCACGUGUAAGCACAAAAUGUCCGACCAAUGGGGGGGGGGGUACGUUCUUCUGUGCACAUGCAUUCGUGAUAUUGUCUGAUCAUGUCUACACCAACCACCUGGAACUGGCCUCUGUGGUCUGUCUGACAGCAAGCCUUGCUUUGUUGGACCGUCUUACAAAGGCUCAGUAAAUGACCCGGCCUGAAUCCGACCAGCGAUGAUGCCUGCAACCAUCAAUCCCUGUGUGACUGCUCCCCUCCGUUGCCAGGCGAUUGCCUUCCUCCCAUGAGCAUUCCCUGUAAGAGUGUGUAUCGGUUUAGGCGUAGCCGAGUAGGUAGGAGGGCAGUCACCAACUGUUUGCAGUUUUGACUACUUUGCCUCGCUUUUGCUAGUAUACUAACAGCAUGCUUAGUGCUUACCCCACCUAUAUUUGCUUUUUCCUACUCUUAGCUGGGAAUGCCGCUUUUUAUCAUAUUUAGUUAUGUGGUGUUUAACGUAAUGGUCUGUCAUAGACCUCUGUACGCGUUCACGUAUUUAAGCUGUAUAGAGGUCUAUGGUUCUGUGUGUCACUAGGAUAGAGAAAGGGGACACUCCUGGUCAUCUGUUCAUGGGUGGCGGUGUAUAAAAAAUGUACCAUCGGGCAUCGAUCCCUCGUGUGUGCCCCUGGGGGUUUGGAUUUGGAAGCGGUGCGACGUGUGAUUUUUGGGAAAGGAAGUGUUGAAUAAAAUUGCUGC